AAACGCAUCUCACAUUUCUGUUAUGAUUGUGCCCUCAUUAAGUCCUAAACUGAAGUUUUAUGUAAACUAGGGGUUCUAGGAUCUAGCAAAUGGCGUCUGCAGCGGCGGCGGCGGCGGCAGCGGCGGCUGGGGCAGUCGCAGUUGUUCUGGUCGAGCCGUAUGCGAUCUAUGGUAGGGAGGUUGCUGCUGCAGAGGUGGAAAAUGGCGUGUUGGACGUACCUUCGGGAUUUUUGGGCGAUGAAUCUUUGCAUCCGCUGUGGGUUCAUCCAAACUACGACCUUCUGGAGGAGUACAUUCAACUGAUUAUGGCCUCCGGAACAGGUACUCCUGUAGAUGCAAACAAGGAUACAGCACCCAAGAGGCGGAAACGGGUACGGAGGUUCAGUUUUCACCUUGUGGGGACGCCUGGGAUUGGGAAGAGCUACUUUGGACAUUACUGGUUCUACAAGCAAGCCAAGCUCAAGAACAAGGUGGUGUGGAGGACCAAAGGCGACAAUCCACUCUAUCUGUGUUACGACUUCUCCUUGGAGGAUCCCCUGGUUUCGAUGUCACUCGCCUAUGUGAUUCCACCGGCCUGGGUUAUGAAGAGCAUCUGGCUGAUAAUCGACGGUGAAUCCAGGGGUGUAGCAGGGCAUUACGGCCCUCUCCUUCAGUGCGUCUCCCCAGGCAGGCGUGGCUAUCACGAGGGUUCCAAGGACACAGGCAUCCUUUGUCACCUUGAAGCUUGGAGCUUGGAAGAUUUGAAGGCUUGCAGAGAUGAGCUGCAGUUGGAAUUCAGUGACCGUGACAUCGAGCAGCGCUAUGAGAUCUGCGGGGGCCUGCCGCGUUUAAUCUUGGAUGAGCAGAUGUCUCUGGCCAAGUUGAAAAGUGAUAUGGACAACGCGGCGUCAAGAGCUAGUGACUGGAAGGCAGUAAUCAGGCAUGCAGCUGGGGACGGGGAGAAACGUGCGGACUUGUCACACUAUCUGCUGCAUUAUAAGCUUCCUAACGUGGUGGAUUUGAACGAGAGGUACUGUUACAGGGUGACAAAGAAGGAGCUGUGCUUUGGCUCGGAGUAUAUUGAGCAGAUGGUGUGCGAUCUUUACGAAGAACAAGGUUUUGAAGCAGUCAAGGAUUUCUUCGACUUCUGUCAGGAAAUUCCUUCUGCCCAGUCGUUAGCAGGCAAGGUUUUCGAGAGGCACUUCCACAAGACGGUCAGAAGUGGAGGUGGAGAGUUCAAGCUGAGGCCACUCAAUGGCCCAAGCUCAAGCUGCUCUCCAUCUAUUUCUCUUAAGCCACAGCAUUUUAGGCGGUUGCGACGCUGGGAAAUCACAAGCGACAUCCCGGUUGAUGAGAGAGGCACCAGUUCGGGGCGGAGGAAGAAAAAGCAGGUGGACAAAGCUGGUUUCAAUCUCUACAUGGACACAGCUAGCACAGAGGAUGCAAGGCGACCAGGGGCAGAGGUAGCCACUGGCCUAGCAAGCCUCCCAGAGGCUUGUUUUGUGGAGCCGUAUUCUGCUACUCAGAAGGCUUUCGGCUCACUAUUCACUCCCGACAUCAUCUUCCAGGAGACCAUCUCCCGGAAUCAUAAACUCUUCUGGUCGGCAAUAUGGGAGGUGGUGCAAGAGUAUGAUAUAUGGCAUGAGAAGAAGCAGCUGCCCAUCCCAAGGCUCUACAAGCUCAUCUUCGUGGUUCCUGACUCCAAGUUCGACACUUACAGCUUUCAAGAGUAUAAGAAAGAUGAUGGCGACACGUACGAGCAGGCGCUACCGGUGAUGUCUCGAGUUCAGCAGUUUGUCAUGGCUUUCCCAUGGAAGUAGACACGCAAAGUUCGCUUUUGGUUUUUUUUUUUUUUUUUUUCUUCUCUUUUUUACUUCUUGAGCUCUGGGUAAUUGAUAUGCAACAUCACAGCAUACCUUGGAUUUU